GCAGACCUGGAAUACGCGCACGGUGGCGGUUUCUGGAUUUUGUCAAAUACAUUCCAAGGAGAUAUAAUCAUUCUUGAUGGACGCGCGAAUCUAGACACGUGGAGAAUGACGGACGCGUUUGGAUUCGUACAUUUACCUCAAAACAUGAGACAAAGAGGAUGGGAGACAUGGCGAAAGCGACCACAUUUGCUCGCCGCUUUGGUUUUGCUUUUAUUUUUGAGAGCAGCUUCGGGACAGCUGAGAUACUCCAUAUCUGAAGAGCUCAAAGAGGGCAGUUUUGUUGGGAAUGUAGCGAAAGACCUGGGGAUAGACCUGAAUUUGAUGAAGCAGAGGGGAUUUCGCAUUAUGUCCGGCUCGACCGAACCUCUUUUCCAGGUAAAUGAGAAUGACGGGGUCCUUUAUGCGAACCAUAAAAUAGACAGAGAGGAAGUGUGCAAGGAGAGCAGUGUGUGUUUAAUCAACCUCAAAACUGUUCUCGAAAACCCACUCGAAGUACAUUAUGUCACAGUGGAGAUAACUGAUUUGAACGACCACUCUCCCACAUUCCCAGAGAAAACAAAGAGGCUGGAGAUCUCAGAGUCUGCGCUGCCGGGUGCGCGAUAUCAGCUGCAAAAUGCCCACGACCCGGAUGGAGGCACGAACUCCGUCCAGCAGUACAAAAUCAGUCAGAAUGAACAUUUUCGUUUAGAGAUUAAAGAUCGCGGGAGGGAUGGCAAAACUCCAAUUCUACAAUUACAAAGACAGCUUGACAGAGAGGCCAAAAGCAGCCAUAAAUUGGUGUUGACGGCUAUAGAUGGAGGAAAUCCACCCAAGACAGGCACAGUUGAAAUAUACAUAGAUGUUAUAGAUGUUAAUGACAAUAUGCCGGUGUUCACUAAAGACACAUAUUCAGCCGUGCUACAAGAGAACGCUCCUGUCGGCACGACAGUCAUCCAGGUUAAUGCGACCGAUUUAGACGACGGUACCAAUGGGGAAGUUAUUUAUUCGUUUGGCAGUGAUGUAAAAGAUAAAAUAAGAGAGCUGUUUGAUAUCGACUCUGUUACUGGGGAGAUCAUUGUGAAGGGUCGUGUAGACUUUGAGGAGCAGGACAGUUAUGACAUUGAUAUACAGGCCUCUGAUAAGGGAACCCUUCCAUUUAGGACAGAUAAAAGUGUUAUCAUAAAAAUUGGAGAUACAAAUGAUAAUCCUCCUGAGAUAGAAGUGGCAUCGUUGUCUAGUGCUGUUUCAGAGGACUCCAGACCAGGAACAACCGUAGCACUUAUAAGCAUCACUGAUUUAGACUCUGGAAUGAAUGGAAAAAUAAUCAGCUAUGUCGCUGAAGACAGCCCUUUUACAUUAACUCCAUCAAUACAAGACAACAUGUUUGCUGUUGUCACUAAGUCACAACUUGACAGGGAACAACAAUCAACAUAUGAUAUAACAAUAAUCGCUAAAGAUGCAGGUGAACCUGCUUUAACAUCUGAAAAGACCAUAAGCGUGUUUGUGUCAGAUACAAAUGAUAACAGACCCCUGUUUUCAGUGAGCCCCUACACUUUCUACAUCAGCGAAAAUAACCCCCCAGGAGCCUCUGUGUUUUCUGUUAGAGCGUCUGAUCGUGACGAGGGAGACAAUGCACUUAUUUCCUAUUAUAUUCUCAGGAAUGCGAAUAAUGGAAACAAAGUGACUUCAUUCCUCAACAUCAACUCGGAAACUGGAGACAUUUUGGCUCUAAAAAGUUUUGACUUUGAGGUUCUGAAAACGUUCCAGUUCCAAGUUGUGGCCACAGAUUCUGGAGCUCCGUCACUGAGCAGCAACGUCACAGUGAACGUGUUCAUUCUGGAUCAGAACGACAACGCUCCAGUCAUCCUGUAUCCAGUCAGCUCCAACGGUUCUGCUGAAGGUGUGGAGGAGAUUCCCCGCAAUGUGAACGCAGGACACUUGGUGACUAAAGUCAGAGCCUAUGACGCUGAUAUAGGAUAUAACGGCUGGUUACUCUUUUCACUGCAGGAAGUCACUGACCACAGUCUCUUUGGUUUGGACCGCUAUACAGGACAGAUCAGAACACUUCGCUCAUUCACAGAGACAGACGAGGCUGAGCAUAAACUGCUCAUACUGGUCAAAGACAAUGGGAACGUUUCUCUCUCAGCAACAGCUACUGUCAUUGUCAAACUGGUGGAGCCCAAAGAGGCUUUUGCUGCUUCUGAUGUUAAAAGUGCCACUAAAGUUGACGAGGAGGACAAUGUGACAUUUUAUCUGAUGAUAACUUUGGGCUCAGUCUCUGUACUUUUUAUCAUCAGCAUCAUCGUGCUGAUUGCGAUGCAGUGCUCCAAAUCCACAGACUAUACUUCUAAAUAUCUCCAAGAGACUAAUUAUGAUGGGACUCUGUGUCACAGCAUCCAGUACAGAUCUGGAGACAAACGCUACAUGUUAGUUGGCCCCAGAAUGAGUAUAGGAUCUACUAUAGUCCCUGGCAGCCAUGCUAACACUCUAGUGCUCCCUGACAGGAGGAGGGGAUCUGGAGAGGUAAGACAUAUUUCAAAUUAA